AUGGAUCGCAUGGCCUUCAUCCCCGGCGCGGAAGCCAAAGACGAAAUCUUCAAAGCCGCCGGCCACAUCUUCUUCCAGCGCUCAACGGCAAUAGCCUACGCCGACGAAUUCCUCAUGAAGGCGCCCCAGCCCGUGACCGGAAUCACCUACCAGACCAUGCUGGCGUGCAUGAGCGAAGGCGACCAAGUAGACAUCUGGUUCGGCCUCCGUGAUCCGGACCCGUCCCAAGGCCACGAGAUAUUUCCCUCCGGCGAACCAGUCGGACACACAUGGGCGAUUCUCAAAACAGCAGACGGCAACGAAAAGACACUCUGGGAAGUCGGACGGGCUACUCCUGCGGUGGGAGAUGCUCAUGCCGCUCGCGCAUUCAACGCCUACAGAGAGGCAUUCGGCCGAUUUAAGGGUCUGCCUCUGCCGCAGCCGGUGCCCAUUGAUGUAGAAAAGGCCCAUGUACCGGCACCGCAGAAUGAAAAACCAGUCAUUUCACACGCCUUGUCACCGGCGAAUUUGUACUACGCGUCGAGUAGGAUGUGGUAUUUCGUGGAUCUGGGGCCCGUGGAGGACGUGAAGACGCCGCCGCACUUGUCGCGGCCUAUGAGGGCGUUUGACGCGCUGAUUCUGUCGGGGUUAAUGACGCUUGUGAAUGGGUCGCCGCCGUUGGUGUUUUCUAUUGCGAAUACGAUGGAGACGUUGGGGCAGAUGCCGUUGAAGUAUAAGAGGGCGACGUAUGAGGCGGAUGGGACGGUGGAAAGGCCAUCGGAUACGCCAUUAGUGAUUCUGUAG